GAGUGUUUGUAUGGCUUUGAGUACAGCAGUAGCUUCUUUAUGCUUUGUUGGUUUAACUGUAUGGUUAAUGGCAUGUUUGUCCUUUUCUACAAUUUUGGCAGGAUAGAGGUACUUGCAGACCCCAAGCCACUGUUCAGCCAAGUCAGCAGUCCCACGCUUGUAUGGGGAAACCAAGAGACGAUAUGGAGUCUCACACCUGGUGCUAUGACAGCUCGACCAUCUGCAAGAACUUUGUAUCUGUGCAAGCCCAAGAAAGAUUUUACCAAGUAUGGGCGCAGUUGCAGACCAGUAAUUGGUGGGAAUCCCCUGCUACCGAAGUAUGGCUACCCUUCUGAACGGCUGCUGAGGUUGUCUGAACCUAAAAAAUACCUCCCUGCUUACCUGGAACAAAGAUCCCGUGAGACCCCGGAGUGGCCUGUGUCCCUGGCUGCACAGAACUACAAUGCCUCCAAGCGGAUACUGCAGCUUGCCCAGCCAAAGGGGUUGCACCCAGACUUCAUGCCGCCCAGAGAGGUGCCAACCCAGGUUUCCAGCUUAGCAGUCUCGGCCAGUGCAUCGGCGCGGGUGCAGAAGCUGGCAGAGCCCUUGAUCAGGGAGAUGACCUGCUGCACUACACACACCAAACCUGGUGUUGUCAUGUCUCCGGUUUCCACGUCAUCUCGGAAGGUAAUUGCAAGCCCUCGGACCAUUGAGCUGUCAAAGCCCAAACAACUCCACCCUAAGUUCAUGCCCGCGCGGGAUCCCGAGUGGCCUGUGACAGAGGCUGCCAAGCGUGCAGUGGCUACAAAAAGAAUUCUGGGGCUGGCCCAGCCUUCCUCAAGACCUCGUAUGGGCUUGACUGCACUCGACCCAGAUGCGUUCAAAGUGAAAGAGAGGGCUCUGAAGGCGGUUUGUACUCCACGGCUCGCAGAACUAGCUCAACCAAUUAAGCGCUAA